ACCUUCAGGGAGCUUUGCAACCCUGCAGCCUGCCUCAGGCAUUCACUGGAGGGGGGGAUUUGGGUGUUGUUUUGCUUUUCCCUGUACAAACAAGCCUGAUACAAAAAUAAGUCAAUGCAGUCAAUUUAAAUGAGCGGCGUUAUUCCGAUAGAGGAAUUUCUGUUCCGGUGGUUAUGAAAUACACCGCUUGCCUGCAACCAUACGGUAUUUCGGUCUGUAAUUUUAAAAACACACUCUCUUGUAAUACAUUUUUUAAACAGAUACCGGUUUUUAUGAAGCAGUACAUGAGUUGCUGAUGGAUAAAUCACCCAAGCAUGGUUAAAGAGACCCUAAUCUCCAGAUGGUACCAAAGCCUUUUAAUUGUAUCCUCUGACCUCCUCUCACCUGAGCCUGCAUUAAAAUCAUAACACAGUUCAAGUGUAAAAAUGAUAUAGUGUUUAUUCGCCCUGUUUAUUGGAGGGCAAACACACAGUUAAAUUCCUAUGCUGAAAAUUAGUGCGGCCGUUGGAAAAGGUUGAGUCAGACGAAGCGGCUCGCAGCAUUCCAUUCGCCCUGCUUUAUUCAGGCGGCCGUAGUGCAGGAGUUCCACGUCUUUGAACGAAGGAGGGAUGUGGGAAGGAGUGAGACGGGCUUUGGGCAGCAGGGCUCUGCAGCAGCCCUGCCUGGGAGGGAAGGGACCGACCCGCUUUGUCCCCAACCUGCAGGACGCACAAGGAGCAGGCACUGCCUGCACGGCGACCCAGGGCCAAACCCAUCAGCGCUUCAGAGCCCGGCCCGAGCUGCUGCCCACCGAGGGCUGCUCAGGGCAGUGACUGGGCUUUGCGGGCUCCUGAUUAUGGCAGUAAUUAAUUAUCCAUCGCCUUCUGGGGUUAUAAACACUAACAAAAUCCCACGUGGAACACAACUAUUAACUUCUGCAUCGAUGUAAGGAGCAAAGCGCUUCUCGGCGGCACCACUCAGGGUGUGGGGCAGGAGGGAGAAGCGGACAAACAAGCGGAGGAGGCCAACCUGAAUUACUGUGGAUGUAUUUACAGAGCCGGGUUAGCAGUUUUACUGCAGAUAUACCAGAUUAUGGAGAGAAUUGAAUAAUUUAUCCAGCAAUUUUCACAUAAGCAAUAUUAUUAAAAAUGAAGACAUGAAAAAAGAGGUUAGUUAUAGAGGGGAAUAUAUAUAGGCCAUGAAUAAAUGCAUUAGGCAGUGAGAAUAGUGAAUGUUUUAGUAGGUUUAGACUAGAUUAAAAAAAAACUGUAUUUGAUUUCAACGAAGUCCUAAAAUAUCUGCCUGGAAAUAAAGCACAGCUGCGAUCGGGCUGCAGUGCUCAGCAACGUGCACUGCAAUGCAUGCAGCAGGGCCCCAUCCCAGCAAGCUAAGACCUGUCCUGGCUGCAGCAGGAGCAGAGCAGAGCGGGACGAGGCAGCCUGAAGGCACCGCAGGGGCCUGCAUGGCACAGCCACGCCUGCCCCCAGGCCUCACAGGGCAGUGGGGAGGAGAUUUGGCCCAGCACAGAGGUUAUCUAAAUGGCAAAAGUCCACGGAAGUGCCUAUCUCUUUUCUAUUGGGUUCUGGGUUAUCUCUUGUCCUUCUGGUUAUCUUUCCUCCCCCUCUCGCACUUUGGCAGGGAGGCUGCAUGCUGAUGAGGCAGAAGCUGGUGAAGUCCCAAGCAUUCCCAGGCAGCAGUUUGGGAACAAGGGGCUGUUCCAAAGCUGAGCCCGCAGGAUUUCUCCCUGGGCAUGCAGCUUGGGGUGCUGCCUCCCCACAGCCCCGUGCCUGGCACCCCGUGCCCAUAUGCCAACACCUGGCUCCUGAGUGACCCUGUCCUAAACACGGCUCAACUGAAUUAGGAAAGCAUGCACAUGCAUCUACCAAUAUGGCCCCUCCCUCUUUUAUUCUUUGUUUUCAGAGGUAGCAACCCCAAAGCUCUUUCAGAUGCUCAGAUAGCUGUGAUAAAAUUGUCAGGGAAAAUCUGAAAGCACAGGCAUGAUUUUGGAAGCUCACACGACUUGGGCUCCCCUGCUUGUGUUUGUGUGCUGCUUUUGAGUGGUUUGCCCGCUAUCCCCUUACUCUGCCGGGACAGGACCUGCUGCCACACCCAGCCAUGAGCUCCCCAUUGGCAGCAGAGGUGCCCUCUCCUUCCACAGACACAAAGCCCAAGAGCAACACCAGUAAAACCCUGAGCACUGCCCAGCGUCCUGCAGGACAAGCGUGACAUGGAGCACAAGGCAGCACACCCCAGCCUGGAUGGGUGCUCCUCAGGCUGAGGGCAGACCCGGGGCUCAGCAUGGAGGAAUUACAGUAAGUCACUCUCUGAGCCAGCAAAUGGCAUUUGCACACACCACAGGUUUUUUCCUUUUUGCCAUUCGUGAGACAUUCAGAGAUGUUGUCUCUCUGUGGCUACCUUACUCUUAAUUUUAAGCAAAAAACAGAAGUGCUUGGCUGAACUGGGGGCCCCAGCAUCACAUGCUGAUUUUGAAACAAACAGAGUCUGAGACCAAGUUUUGCUUCCUCCCAAAACUGAUGCUGGACCAUGGCUGGUGUAGUGCCCAGAGCACUGGACUCAUUGGAUUCACAUUGAUGGAGUUGAUGGUUGCCAGGGGUUACACUGUGGCAUCAUCCCAUUGCAUCACCAUCCCAUUGCAUCACAUCCUCGUGCCAUGCCCUGCCAUCCCCUCCCAUUCUAUCCCAUCUAGUUCCAUGCCAUGCCAACCAUGUUCAGCCCCAUCCCAUCUGGCUCCUUGCAGCCCCGAGGGGAGGGUACAGCCAGGUGCCCAGAGCAUGCUGUGCACCUUUCAGCUACAACCGAGGAGUGACUUCAGUUUUCAAACACUGAAAUUUAGGAAACAGAAAUCAAAACACUGCAUCAUUAACGGUGACAAAAACGUACACAGCAGCAGCGUGCACCCCUUGCCAUUCACAAAACAUAUGCUAAUUGGAGGUAAACACCAUCUAUCCUUGACGAGACUCGUGAAGUCAGACGUGCCGUACGGAGAACACAAAGCUCCCGCUGCCACCCGGGCUGGCAGGCAGCACCCAGCCCGCAGCACUGCGGGUCCCCGAGCAGAUGUACAUAACAGAAAGCGGGCAGAGGGUGUGCGAUGGGCUCUGCUCCAUGAACAAUCCCCCCCUGACAAAGCAGAGCAGCUUGUGAACCCAGGAGGCUGCUGCAGGCCACAACUCAAAGCACAUGUCGAGGAGAGGCUGGAGGACCCGAGGCAACAAAAAAUAAAGAGUGGAAGAAAUCUCUUACACGCAUUGCAUCUUGAGCGUUUCACAUCAGAAAAGCACGAGCCAGUGGAUGUGAGCAGCAAGCUGUCAUUUUCCAGCAAGACCCUGAGCACCAGGGCCAUCUUCCAGCAACCAGUGGAUACAUCAAGAACCACACACCACUUCCAGCAAGUUACCUGUUCGCUGAAUGACAGCAAAGCUCCGCCUGGCCUGCGGCUGUAUCUGUGACCAUGCUGGUGACUUGUAGG